CGCUACCGCCCGGGCACCAUUGCGCUGCGCGAGAUUCGCCGCUACCAGAACUCGACGCACCUGCUCGUGCCCAAGCUGCCUUUCCAGCGACUGGUGCGCGAGAUCACCCUCGGCUACAAGACGGACAUGCGCUACCAGGUGGUCGCUCUGGAGGCGCUGCACGAGGCCGCCGAGGCCUUCCUCAUCAACCUCUUUGAGGAUGCAAACUUGUGCGCAAUCCACGCUCGUCGGGUCACCAUCAUGCCCCGGGAUAUUACCCUUGCUCGGCGAAUUCGAGGAGAGCCCGGCGUUUCUUACAAUAACAACUGUCGCUCUGGAAAUUGA